CAGAGACCUCUACAGCACUGAGAUCCAGACAUGGCACCUACAAUCACUGCAGCAAUGACCAACUCUCAGGAGCCUCACACUCUGACCCACAAGCUCAGAAAGCCUCUGGUGGAGAAGUUACGCAGAGAGCGAAUCAACAGCAGCAUUGAGCAGAUCAAGUCUCUCCUGGGUCCAGAGUUCCUCAAACAGCAGCCAGACUCCAAGCUGGAGAAAGCAGACAUCCUGGAGAUGACAGUUUGUGUCCUGAGACGACUGCAGCAGCAGAAUCAAGCUGUGGACUCAGCAGCUGUCAACCAGGGCUACUCCAGGUGUGUCCAAGAGGUGACACACUUCCUGUCCAAAGAGCAGGUGAAGACACAGUCCCAGAGAAGACUGCUGAACCACGUCAACAAGAUGCAUUCUUCCUCUGAUAAGAACCUGAGAGAGGCUGACUUCUCUCUGCUGAGCUCGAGCUGCAUCAAAAAGAAGAGUCCAGCAAGCGGCUCCUCUGUCUGGAGGCCGUGGUAGACCCCUAAGAACUUGAAGAUCAUGAAUGAACCGAGCAAAUACACUUGUGCUCUUGGACUUUCUACUUGCCUAGGUCUUGGACUCUCCUUUUGAAGAGUUGUGUGUUUCUGCAAUUUAUUAUGACCUUUUGCAAAGGUCGCAUUCUGUUUCUGUGAUAUUUGCAGGACAGCUACUAUUUUCUUUUUUGAAGGUAGUCUCUUAUUUCAGAUGUUACUCUGUGAAGUAAAAUGAUUGUUCCCAAAGGGAAUGCUUCUAUUUGUCAGUUAUACUGACAUAUGUCUGUACUUUGUUCUCCAUUAAGGAGACAGUUAAUCAUGUUGCACAUGUUUCUGAUUUAUAUGUGAUAUUCACAUACUUUGAUUAUUGAAAUGUCCUUUCUAAAAUCUGUUAACAUUUUAAUUGUCUGCAUUUUUGCAGAUCAAUUUUGUGUGUUCAUUAAG